UAUUUAUAUAUAGAGAGAGAGAGAGAGAGAGAUGGAAGAAGUGGUAAUAGUGGGAGCAGGGAUAGCUGGGUUGGCCACAGCAGUGGCUCUAAAGAGAGUGGGGAUUAAAGCAUUGGUUUUGGAGAGAUGGGAUGGGCUUAGAGCCACUGGUGCAGCCUUGGGUCUCUUCCCAAAUGCUUGGCUUGCUCUUGAUGCCUUGGGUGUUUCUCAUAAGCUUACUUCAAUCUACGACAAUGUUGAAGUGGCGUUUGUAACCAAUUUGGAAAGUGGAGCAAUUCAACAAGUCCCUUCCGCUAGAACCAAUGUUGAUGCUCAAAGUGGACCCAAGUUAGUUCACCGAAAGGCCUUACUCGAGGCUUUGGCAGAAGAAUUACCAACCGACUCUAUCCGCUUUUCAUCCAAGAUCAACGCCAUCGGGUCAAUAACAGAUGAAGGUUCUUCUAUUGCUGUUGUUCAUAUGGAAGAUGGAAGUGUCAUCAAAGCAAAGGUUUUGAUAGGUUGUGACGGGGUACACUCAGUGGUGGCAAGCUGGUUGGGACUCGCCGCACCAGUCCAUUCCGGUCGAUCAGCAGUGCGGGGAUUGGCUGUAUUUCCUCAAGGCCAUCGGCUGAAACACGAAACCCACCAGUUCGUAGGUGCAGCGGGAAGAAGGGCUGGUUUCAUUCCCCUUACUGAUAAAGACCUCUAUUGGUUCUUGAGUUGUUCAUCUCCAGCUGAAGGGACGGAUCACCUGGCUGGAAACCCGGAACUAAUACAGAAAGAAGUAAUUGAAAACUAUGCCAAGGACUUGCCUGAACUAUAUCUAGACAUUGUCAAGCACUCUGAUCUUUCAACAUUGUCAUGGGCUCCAUUGGUGUUUAGGCAGCCAUGGAAAGUAGCAUUUGGGAACUUAAGCAAGCAAAACAUCACGGUGGCUGGCGACGCCAUGCACCCCAUGACGCCGGACUUGGGACAGGGCGGUUGCUCGGCGCUUGAAGAUGCUGUGGCUCUAGGUAGGCACAUUGGAACAUCCUUCAUACAAAAUGGUGGCCUUGUACCCAAUGAAAUGGCUAGAGCAUUAGCAAAUUAUGUCGAGGAAAGAAGGUGGCGCGCCACUUGGUUGAUCACAGGAUUAUAUUUGUCAGGAUGGGUGCAAGGAGGUUCUUCUUGGGUUGUGAAGCUCUUCAGGGAUACAAUAUUUUAUAGAUUCCUUUUCCGCAAGAUAUUUAGUAUUAAUCAUUAUGAUUGUGGCAAACUUCCUAGUAUCGCUGAUGAGGAACAAACUGGGAACAAUAAGAAGUUUAAAUAACAUGUUUAUCAAGUAGGAUUAUUUAGAAUAUUUGAAUUUAUAGUUGUGAUUAUCUAUUUGGAUUAUUUAGGAGUUAUCUAUGCAAUUUGAUUAUUUGGUUUUGUUUAUCUUA